AUGUUGAUGAUAGCAUUUCAUACACUUCACUCUCCAGGUAACGUUGUUUUGUAAGUUUUUAGAGAUCAAGAGAGAUUGACAGGUCUAACUUAUUUGCAAGGACUUCUUGCGUUAUGUUUUUUCAAUAAGUUGCCAGAUUUUCUGAUAAAACAAGUAUUCAAUGUGCGAUUUUUGGAGAAAUUGGAUUUGGAAUUAAAAAAAUGCAGCAUCACGGAUAUGUAUCCUUUGAGAGUAAGAUCGAAUUUGUUUGAUCUUAAUAGAGCUGUAUGCUUGGAAUAUCCCGAAUCUAAUGUACCUUGGUUUCAUCAGAAAUUUCUAGAUAAAGAUAUUAAAAAAAAUAGGCACCGACUAAAUAUUAACGAAUAUAUUUUGGAAGUAGUGAAAAAUAGAAAAGCAUUUGAAGAGAAUGUUAUAACACCAUAUGGAUACCUUGUAGAUUUUGUUAUUCACUUGGAUAAUACUAGCGCUUUUGCGGAAACGACUGCCAGUUAUAAAAAAUUAGCAGUUUUACUGCAUAUGCCUUAUCAUUUUACCAAAAUGAAUAUACAAUUAAAAGGACCAGAAAAACUAAAAGUUAGACAUUUAGAACUGCUGGGUUACGAUGUUGUUGGAAUCAAUUUUAAUAUAUGGAAUAAACUACUGACUACGGACGAAAAAAUUGCUUAUUUGUCCAAAGUCAUAUUACCAAAAAGUUCCGAAAAAAAUAUUUCACUAACUAGCUGAUUGAAAAUAGUGUAAAUGUAAUUAAACCUCUUUUUAGCGAUAAUAAAAAUUUUUACAGUAUACAUUAACAUUUUUCAAUAAAAAAGCAAAGUUCAAAAUCCCAUAUAAAAUCAUUUAAAAAAAUUGAAAUGCGUUUCCACACCCAAAAUCUCACCAUCAGUUUUCAGACUUUCCAUGCAUACGGUAGUGGCCUAGCAUUAUAAUUAUUAGUAUGCUAUUCACAUUAUGCGGGGUUUCCGUUAUGCGAUGUUCACACCAGCGAGUGAGGUUCCGCCGAUGCUACAGUUUCCGAAAAUAAAUAAAAAAGGCCGUCAUAGAAAUAUGAAUUUACCGAAUGAUGCUAAUUUUUUUGUUGAAAGAGCAAUAAAUAAUAGCGACCUGAAACAUAUUUGACGUUAUCUAACUUUCAUAAAAUUGAUAAACAAUAAUGAGGUCGAAAUCUACUUCCCGAAUAUUGCCACUUCAUUAUUUAAUUUUAGAAAUGUAUUAAUCAGAACGUUUGAUUAGUAUUUAUUGAUUACUGUUAAGUAUAUGAAAAGAUUACAAAAAGAACAGCUGUUUGAUAUUUAGACAAAGUAUUUUAAAUCGCAAUGCUUAACAAUAAUUAUUCUCGAAAUUUUCCAAACAAAAUUAAUCACUGAAGUAAAAAUGAAAAAUAUGAGCUGAGCGCGCGCAAGUUCCGUUGCAUGUUAAAAUCUUACUCCCAACGCGUCAAAGGAAGUAUAGCUUAAAAAAAAUCCCCAUAAGGAAGAAACUGCUUUAAUAUAGGCCUCGGUCUUCAUCAUAUCUUUCUUUCAUUGUCAAGCAAAAUUUCAUUUGUAAAAUUAAAAUAAAAAAGGAAUGCUCGGUAUGCUUAUAAGUUUCUUUACAGAGUCUAUACAUGUAUAUUCUAGACGUACGUACGGAGAUAAGUAUGGGUUUAUUUUUCAACAAAAACUUUAUCGUUUGACGUACACAUAUUGAGCAAUGCCGUACUUAUCGCGCAAAUUGUUUAUCACUUCCCUUGAUUUUGUAUGCAUACACAUUUAAAUACAUUUACUUCUUUGUUUAUAUUUAAUAUUUCAAGAAAACCGUAAAACACCCGAAAAGGUCACUACACCAAUUCAAAAUUAUAUAGUUCAUUAAAAUUUUUUUUCGUAAAAAAUUAAAUAAUUUUAACCACUAGGUGAUUAUAAAGCAAUUAUUCGUACGUUUACUUCUGGAAUAAAAAAAAAAGGACAUAAGCAGGGGAGAGCGGCUGAUACACAGGAGCUGCUGAAUGGGCGCGUCUUUACAUUAAUGAACUGGGCCGCACGGGGCAGUUCUGCGCACUACUUCGGAAUUACGCACCGCUCCCCUUCUUCGCCCAUUUAUUAGUAUAAAGCCGCGAGUUUAGUUGAACCCGUGAGCUGCAUUUAGCGCAGCUAACUUAUGUGUUUUUAUUUAAGAAAUUAUGCAUUUAUAUGAGAAGUUAAAAACAAGAAUAACAACUGAAAACUUAACAUAUUCAAUACUUUCUGUUCACAGUUAUUAAGCAUAAAUACAUAUAGUUUUCUUGAAACCUGCCUGUAAUUUAUACAAUACAAUAGAAUCACGACGAACGUUUAUUUAAAUACAUAUAAGUAUUACCUAAGAACAAAAGCAAUCAGUAUUUUUUUCGAAUAGUUUCAAAUACUUUUCGUCCUUGACCUAAUAUAAAUGUAUAUCGUACAUCUGACGAUCCUAUGAUGAUGAUAUCUCUUAUAAAACGUAACGUUACACCACAUGCCUUGUAUAAUAAUAUAGCGCAUCAAUCGGAUUUCUAUAUAAAUAAAUGUUUGUUUAACAUUUCCUAUCGUUUUAUUGUAAAUAAGUUCCUUCUAUUCGCGUCAUGGAAUCCGAAAAAGUUGAUUAUUGUUUUAGUUUUUGCAAAUUCCCUACAUAACAUAAUUUAUAUUUAUAAAA